AUGUAUAUGAAGUUGCAUCAGGAAUCUUUUAUGGAUAUUGAAUUGGCAGAAUUGCAGGUAUAUAUAACUGAAUUCUGUCAAGAAUUUGUGACAAUAUUUUACGAUUAUUCGUCAAGUCACUGCAGAAUUCCAAAACUUUAUGUACUUUAUUAUUAUGUAAUUCUGUCGAUUCACCAUUAUGGUUUAGUGAACGGCAUGUCCACAGAAACUUAUAAAAUGUUGCAUAAAAAAUUAAACGUUAGUGAGAUUGAAUCAAAAGUUUCUCAAAUAAAGCAAGAUGAUGAUAUUCAUCAUCUAUAUAAAGAAGGUUUCAAUAAUCUUUAUGCAGGUUUCGACGAAUUUUUAGUCAAAAAAAAUAUAACUUAUAAUGAUGAGUUUGGAUAUUUCAAGAUAUAUUUAAGUGUAGCCGUUGAAUCGACUGAUAUUAUUCGAAUAGCAGGAAAUUUUCAUAAUUAUGAGUGGUUUAGCAAUGUAGUUGUUUCUUCCGAAGAAAAUGAUUGGUAUGGAAGGGUACUUUUAUUAUUGGAAUUUUUUGUUGAAUAA